AUGCCACUGCAGAACCAGCGCAAGCUCAUCAGGUCCCCAUCACACCAGUGCAAGCUAAUCAGAUGUCUGCCGCACCUGUUCACAUUCCUCAGGUUCCUGCAGCACCAGUUCAUGUUCCUCAGCACCAGUUCAUGUUCCUUGAGUUCCUGCAGCACCAGUUCAUGUUCCUCAGGUUCCAACAGCGCCAGUUCGUGUUCCUCAGGUUCCAGCAGCACCAGUUCAUGUUCCUCAGGUUCCUGCAGCACCAGUUCAUGUUCCUCAGGUUCCAGCAGCACCAGUUCAUGUUCCUCAGGUCCUAGCAGCACCAGUUCAUGUUCCUCAGGUUCCUGCCGCACCAGCUCAGGUUCCUCAGGUCCUGACUCAAGAAGCAAACACUGAAGCUAUUCCCCAGGUCGACCCUCAGCAGGAAUUAUUCCUAGUACCAC